AUGAAACAUGGGAUCAGAGAGGAUCAGGAGAGUUUUAAAGGACAAUUAUUAGCAUCUGGCAGCAGUAGUCGGCAGCCUGGCCGGAAGCAAUUUGUAGAUGCAACAAGCUUGAGUAACUCCAAAAGUACUGAGGCAUCCACAAGCAUAUCUGUUGAUGAUCUUUGUUCUGUUGAUUCAGCCUUCAUGCCUUCCACUUCAACGGCAGCUGAUGUGAUGGAUUAUCCUAAACAUCCCUCAGUUUCAUCUUCCACUUUGGUAGAAUUAACAACUCGUCUUGACUUCUUCAAGGAACGCCGCUCUCAACUGAUGGAACAACUCCACAGUCUCGAUCUAAACUAUGGGACAGCACCUUCACAAGAUUUUGUGUAUAAAGCGUCAUCACCCUCAUGGAACUGA